ACCACCGCCGUCUUGGUAAAACCCCUCUUUAACACCCACAACACCAUCACCGUCGCGGGUGUUGAUCACCACCGAGCGCCGACACCGAUCCCCACGUGAUAGAGUCGCGCAAGGGCGGCAUCAAAGCGAGCAUGGAGUCCUUCGACGACAUCUACCUCGACCUGUCGAAACAGCCGGGGAAAUGCAGGCUGGCAGAGUCUGGACUAGGGUGGAAGCCCUCGGGCGGGCAGACAUUCACCCUCGACAAGUCGGAAAUGAUUACAGCACAGUGGAGUCGCGCGGCACGAGGCUAUGAGUUGAAGGUCAUUGCGCGGAAUCAGGGUGUCAUACAGCUGGAUGGCUUCAGGCAGGAUGACUUUGAUACGGUGCAGAAAUGCUUCAAGGUGUGGUACGCCGUCGAGCUGGUGCACAAAGAGCACGCACUUCGCGGCUGGAAUUGGGGCAAGACGGAGAUGGGCCGCAACGAGCUCACGUUCAAUGUGCGGAAUCAGCCGGCUUUUGAGAUACCAUAUACCGAAAUCUCCAACACGAACUUAGCAGGCAAGAACGAGGUGGCGGUGGAGUUCUCGUUACCGGCGGAUGGCGAAGAGACCGGCACGAACGGUCAUCUAGGCGGCGCAAGAUCGAAAGGCAGGAAGAUGGGUGGCGCAGUCGAUCAACUUACGGAGAUGCGCUUCUACAUCCCCGGCACGGAAACACGAAAAGGCCGAAAGAAGGACCAAGAAGACGGCGCAGAUGAAGAAGAUGAGGGCGAAGAAGAGGACGCCAACGCCGCCAACGUCUUCUACGAAACCCUCAUGGACAAGGCCGAAAUCGGCGAGGUCGCCGGCGACACCUUCGCCACCUUCCUCGAUAUCCUCCACCUCACCCCACGCGGCCGCUUCGACAUCGACCUCUAUGAGAAGUCCUUCCGUCUGCGCGGCAAAACGUACGACUACAAGAUCUCUUACGACAACGCCAAGCGCUUCUUCGUCUUGCCCAAACCUGACGACGUCCACUCGCUACUAUGUAUUGGCCUCGACCCUCCAUUACGACAAGGUCAAACCCGCUACCCCUUCAUCGUCAUGCAAUUCAAGCGCGACGAGGAGGUCAACAUCGAGCUCAACAUGACCGACGACGCGCUCCAAACGAAAUACGCCGGUAAACUGCAACCCCGCUACGAAGCGCCCAUCGGCACAGUCAUCGCCCGCAUCUUCCACGGUCUGACUGGAAAGAAACUCUUCCAGCCUUCCCCCCUCUUCGUCUCCCACCACCAGCAAAGCGGCGUCAAGUGCAGCAUCAAAGCCAACGAAGGCCACUUGUACUGUCUGGAUCGUGCGUUCCUUUUCGUCCCAAAACCGGCGACGUAUAUCUCCUUUGAAAACGUGGCGGUGAUCACGAUGAGCCGCGUCGGCGGCGCGGUGAGUGCUAGUCGCACUUUCGACAUUACCGUUGCGCUGCGGAAUGGGGCGGGGGAGCAUCAGUUCUCCAACAUCAACCGCGAGGAACAAAAUCCGCUGGAGGAAUUUUUCAAGGCGAAGGGGCUUAAGACUAAGAAUGAAAUGGAUGAGGAUUCCCGGAUGAUGGCCGCGGCGUUGAGCGCCGAUCCGGAUUUGGCGAGAUGAGGACGAGGAGAGUGUGGAUGAG